UCUCCAUACGAGAGGGUGUUGAAUCGCGAGCAUAGCACACAGUCGCUGCGCCGCACAGAAGACGUUCUUGCAACAACAACAAAACUCCAACAUUGCAUUCGGUUCUCGUGGGGGAUCCUCCGUGCUCGGUGUUCAGUUGAGAGAAGAGUGUGUUUCAGUCAACAUCGGUGUGAAUUCGCGCGGUUGGAUCUUUGGAUGGGGCUUUCUUCUACCAUUGGGUCUAGUGUUUUGUGGCUACUCGGUGGGAUUGUGAUUGCUCGUUGGUUAUCAUCUCACAUCAUGGAUACCGAAGGAGAUUGCCAACUGCUUUGUGAUUGGCGUAGAAAAUAGUGAAGAAACUGGUUCCAUUAUAGCGGUCGUGAAGGUCCGCAGGACCAUUCAGAAAACUGUACGGUGCUUGUUUCCGAUGAGUGCGAUUGAGAUAGGUUUUUACAAGUAAAUAAUAAUGAACAGUGUAGAGUAUAAAACUUCAAUAAAUGAAAAAAUAAUAUCACGUGAAUCAUAAAUAAACAGCUAAUGUGUGGAUAUAGAAAAGAGUGGGUUUUCAACUCGUGAUAGCAAGCAGCAGAAAAGGUACAAAAAUGCUAGUGCGAAUGAAGAUUUAUUAGGAAAGUUGGGAUUAAUUAGGAUUAUUCAGCGACUUUAUUGGAGAGCCGUUCAGCAGUGCCGUAUCAGUGUGUAAGUGCUUGUGCCAGAAAAGGAUACAUCAGCAGCGUACAUCGUUCGAGGAUUCAUAAAGUGGAAAACACACAAACACAAUUGAAGGUGAACUGCGCCGCUAUUGCGAGACGUAGACGACGAAUAGCCUACUUGUACUGGCGGUGUGGUGGAUUGUGUAGCGGAACUAGCGGAAAAACAGCCUACUUGGAUUAUGUACAUAUUCCGACAACAGCAACAACAACAAUAACACAAUAGUGUGGACCCAACGCCAAAAAUAGCGGAGGAGUGCAACGGUGUGGAAACUACAGCCGCCGAAUUGGAAAUUGGAACAUCAGGAAUAAUAAAGAUCAUUGAACGGUGCCCGGAACCUUGCGGAAUCCUGGAAGAGAAUAAAAACGUAUCCUGCGGCAAAAAUGGCAGUUGAAAGCGACCUCUUGAGAAUAGAUUUGCGUUGUUUUGGCUGCCACGGUCGCUAUCACCACCAACAUCGUCGUCAGCAGAGUAGCAAAGCAGCAGCCGACCAACAACAUCAGCAGCACUAGUAGUCGGACACGUGUUCGGAUCCAACCGCUUUUCAGCAAGACAUUUGCUUCCAGAGAAGGAAAAGUUUCAGAUAUUGUGCCAUUUCUCGGUGGUACAUUGAAAAGCAGAAGCAGAAACGGCGGAAACAGUAGCUACUUUUAAGCAUCAUAUUUUUGUACCCUCUAGUCGGCCAGUUCCGUUUUUUUUUUGUUCUAUGCUUUCAAGGAUCUAAGGCAUAUUUUCUUUGACCUUCUUCUUAAGCAUGCAAAUUAAUUAAUUCGUACAAAUAGCUGUGCUAAUAAGAUAGAACGAGGGUUUCCCGUCGACGUUAUCAGAUGAAUGUUUUAUGCUCGGUCCCAUCCACAUUGUCAAAUUCGUCACCAUCGCCUCCCUGCCAAAGCUCCAUCCUAGGUCUAGACCUGCAAAUUUCGUGAACCGCAACGACAGCAUUUAAUUCGUGCCAAGAUAAUCUGGAAUCUAAAUUCUAAGCGAAACCGAGAAAUAAAGAGGAGCGUAUCAAGAUUUAGAAGACCGACGAAAAGUAGUAUCUACCUUUUUGUAGAAACCAAAGACCGGCUAGGAACGGAACGCACAUAUCCGAUCCCCCACGAACGUAGAGACGGAUCUUCUUCUAGCAGAAGAGUUUAUUAGGACAACCAAACAGCCCACGGUGUGCCUCAACAAGCCACGGCAGCAUUUCCCUUUUCAGACUACUUUUCUGUCCGAAAUCGAAACCAAAUACAAACGAUAAUCGUGCAACUAGUGUAUACACAUUUAAGCGUAAAGUGACAAUUAUCCUACAUCACUCCCACACAAAUCGUCAGCGGGUGUGUGCACAAACAAUCCCCUACCCUAGAAGUAAUUAACCAAUUUGGACUCGGAGCACCAGGCGACAAUGGGCAACAAAUGCUGCAGCAAACGUCAGGACCAGGAGCUGGCCCUCAGCUACCCCGGCGGGUACAAAAAGGGCGAAAAUUCCUUCACCUCCAACAUGUCCGGCCCGAAACACAGCAAUGGGGGCGGUGGGUCACUGGACUCGCGGUACACACCGGACCCAAACCGAGGGCAGCUUAUCAAGGGAAUUCCCAAAGGGGGAGUUGACAUCAUCCGACCGAGGACGACACAACUGCAUCCCGGUUUGAACACCCGGCGAAUAGUGGUCGCCCUGUACAACUACAAUGCCCGCGAGGAAACCGACGUUAGCUUCGUCAAAGGCGACCGGAUGGAGGUGCUGGACGACACCGAGUCGGACUGGUGGCGCGUGGUGCAUCUGAAAACACGCCAGGAGGGCCUAAUUCCGUGGAACUUUGUGGCCGAGGACCGGAGUGUCAACAGUGAAGACUGGUUCUUUGAGAACGUUUCCCGAAAAGAGGCAGACAAGCUGCUCCUGGCGGCGGAGAACCCGCGAGGCACUUUUCUGGUGCGACCGUCCGAGCACAAUCCCAACGGUUUCUCACUUUCGGUCAAGGACUGGGAAGAGAGCAGAGGCUAUCACGUGAAGCACUACAAAAUCAAGCCACUGGACAACGGCGGCUAUUAUAUCGCAACGAAUCAGACCUUCCCAUCGCUACCUGCACUCGUGUUGGCGUAUUCAAAGAACGCCCUCGGGUUGUGCCACGUGUUAUCUAGUCCAUGUCCAAAGCCACAGCCACAGGUGUGGGACCUGGGUCCGGAGCUUCGUGACAAGUGGGAAAUCAACCGGAACGAGAUUCAGCUCAUCCGCAAGCUGGGUCACGGCAACUUCGGUGAGGUGUACUACGGCAAGUGGCGCAACAACAUCGAAGUUGCGGUCAAGACCCUCCGGGAGGGUACGAUGUCGACGCAGGCCUUCCUUCAGGAAGCGGCGAUCAUGAAGAAAUUCCGUCACAGUAGGUUAGUCGCGUUAUAUGCGGUCUGUUCCAAAGAGGAACCGAUCUACAUCGUCCAGGAGUAUAUGUCCAAGGGUAGUUUGCUGGACUACCUGCGAACGGGUGACGGGCAGUUCCUACAGUUCGAAGAUCUUAUCUACAUUGCCGCCCAGGUGGCAUCUGGUAUGGAGUAUCUGGAACUGAAACAGCUAAUACAUCGGGACCUGGCAGCCCGGAACGUACUGAUAGGGGAAAACAAUGUAGCGAAGAUCUGUGAUUUCGGACUGGCGCGGGUGAUAGCGGACGACGAGUAUUGUCCCAAGCAAGGAUCUCGAUUCCCGGUCAAGUGGACCGCUCCGGAGGCGAUCGUGUACGGCAAGUUCUCGAUCAAGUCGGACGUCUGGUCCUACGGCAUUCUGCUGAUGGAACUGUUCACCUACGGACAAGUGCCGUACCCGGGAAUGCACAGCCGCGAGGUCAUCGAACAGAUUGAACGGGGCUACCGAAUGCCAAAGCCAACGAAUCAUCACCUGCCGGACGACAUCUACAGCCUGAUGCUCAAGUGCUGGGAUGCAAUACCGGAGAAGCGCCCGACGUUCGAGUUCUUGAACCACUACUUCCAGAACUUCACCGUCACGUCGGAGGUGCCCUAUCGAGAGGUGCAAGACUAAUCAGCCUCGGUCGAGGGGGUUCAAUCAUAAGUGAGAAUGAGUCUGAGCGAUCUUUUCGGUUUACUAUUUAACGGCAAGUUUGGGUUUCAUUGUUCACCCUACUCGGGCAGAGGUCGUCCUUCUCUCUGAUUGCUUCUCUAGAGCGUUAGAACCUAGAAAAUCGCCCCGAUAAUUGCAUGUGGAGCGCGAUUUCAUACAGACACACUGAGACAUUCAUAAGCUAAUCGGAAGGCUAAGGCGUGUGUAAUCAUACAAUGUAAGGAUGAAAUUGGAAUGAGUGAAAAUUGAUUUUUUUUUAUUGAACAGCCUAAAUUAUAGUGUGUUGAGAAGAUGAAAGCCAGUUUUACACGUUUCAAAGUUAGGAGAAAAAAGAAAUAAAUAAGAUGUACUUUCGUGUA